AUGGUUCUCCCUGUUGAUGAGAGCCUGACUGAGUCCAUGGGUAUGAAAUCCAAGUCUUCGUCCCUGUGUAAAGAUCCACUGCUGAAGGCUGUGUUCGGAGGCGUCAUGUCUCGGACGUACCGUUUCCCCACCACGGAUGGAAACCACCUGCGGAUCCUGGAGCAGAUGGCAGAGAGCGCCCUGUCCCUGCACAUCCCCCGACAGUUCGUCAAACUGCUGCUGGAGGAAGAUGCCGUCAGGGUGUGUGAGCUGGAGGAACUGGGCGAGCUGUCUCCAUGUUGGGAAAACCUCAGGAGGCAGAUCAUCACUCAGUAUCAGACCAUCAUCCUCACAUACCAGGAGACCAUAAGUGACCUGCACGAGUAUAAAGGUCCGUCCUUUAAGUCGAGCACCUUGAAAGCUGAGAGGAAGCUGGAGUUCAUACCCACUAACCUUCAUAUCCAGAGGAUGAGAGUACAGGGAGAGUCUGGUUAUGACCACACAUAUGAUGUUGUGACCAUCGGAGCUCCUGCAGCGCAUCACCAAGGCUUUAAAGGCUGCGGCCUCCGAAAACUGCUGCACAAGCUCGAGGACGCCAGAAAACACACAUAUGAGGAGGAAAGCUCUGCCGGCUCUGGCUCUAAAGCAAAGACAUACCAGCCUCAGGAUGUGGUCAAAGCGAAGGAGCUGAUUGGUCAAAUCAACACUCUGAAGACGCAAGUGUGUUACUACACUGAACGUCUGUCGCGAGCUGCCAAGGAACGCUCAGCCAACGCUCUGGAGAGAACCCUGGCCAUCCUGACAGAGAAGACUCGUCAGUUAGUGACCGUGUGCGACUCCAAGCUCCUGUCGUCAGCCAUCCUCGCCCUGGCAGCCGCCCGCCCAGAGUUCCUUCAGCAAGGCACCCCUUCGCCGUCCUCCUCCUCCCUCUCGCCCUCUUCUCGCUCUCCAUCCCGCUCCCCCUCUCGUCACCCUAACUCCCCGUCUCGCGCUGCCACCUCACCCUCUCGCCACGCGGCUCCUCCAGAGGGCAGCGAGGGGAGCAAAAACAAGCGGUCCUCCCUGCAGGCAGAGGUACACGAGGAGGAGUGGGAGAAGGACUGGUUAAAUGUUGAUAAGAGUCUGGAGUGUGUGAUCCAGAGGGUGGACAGGCUGCUGCACCGAGACAAACUCCAGAGUGACAGUAGCUCUGAGGACGUCUUCCUGCUCGCCAACGAGGAGCCUAGUAACACCAAGAAAGAUAAGAGUCCAGAAGUAGAGAAGACAUCCCCAG